AUGGCUAUCAAAAUUGGUAUUAACGGAUUCGGUAGAAUCGGACGUUUGGUCUUGAGAGUUGCUUUGCAAAGAAAGGACAUUGACGUUGUCGCUGUCAAUGACCCAUUCAUUGCUCCAGACUAUGCUGCUUACAUGUUUAAGUAUGACUCCACCCACGGUAUCUACAAGGGUGAAGUUAAGGCUGAAGGUGAUGACUUGGUUAUCGACGGCCACAAGAUUAAGGUUUUCCAACAAAGAGACCCAGCUGACAUUCCAUGGGGUAAAGUUGGUGUUGACUAUGUUAUCGAGUCAACCGGUGUCUUUACCACCACUGAAGGUGCCAAGAAGCACAUUCAAGCUGGUGCCAAGAAGGUUAUCAUUACUGCUCCAUCAUCAGACGCCCCAAUGUUUGUUGUUGGUGUCAAUGAAGACAAGUACACCCCAGACUUGGACAUUGUUUCCAAUGCUUCAUGUACCACCAACUGUUUGGCUCCAUUGGCCAAGAUUGUUGACGACAACUUUGGUAUCCAAGAGGGUUUGAUGACCACUGUCCACUCUAUGACUGCCACUCAAAAGACUGUUGAUGGUCCAUCCCACAAGGACUGGAGAGGUGGUAGAACUGCUUCAGGUAACAUUAUCCCAUCAUCAACUGGUGCUGCCAAGGCUGUUGGUAAGGUUAUUCCAGACUUGAAUGGUAAGUUGACUGGUAUGUCAUUGAGAGUUCCAACUGUCGAUGUCUCUGUUGUUGACUUGACUGUUGUCUUGAAGAAGCCAACCACCUAUGAGGAAAUCUCCAAGGCCAUCAAGAAGGCUUCAGAAGGUGAAAUGAAGGGAAUUAUGGGUUACACUUCAGAUGCUGUUGUCUCUACUGAUUUCUUGGGUUCAUCAUACUCUUCAAUCUUUGACGAGAAGGCUGGUAUCUUGUUGAGCCCAACCUUUGUCAAGUUGGUUUCAUGGUACGAUAACGAGUUUGGUUACUCUACCCGUGUCGUUGACUUGUUGCAACACGUUGCUAAGGUUUCUGAGAGCAAAUAA